CUGUCCAGUUUCGGUUUGCAGCGCCUUUACUCAGCAGCUCUCCAUGCCACUUGUUCUUCUCCCCAUUCCCUGACAUAUACCCGGACAGUCAGAUCUCCGGACCGCCGUCGCCGUCAGACGAGCAGUCAUUCGGUCAGAACUCGAGCAGGCUGUCAGUCGUGCAUGUACUGUGUACUGCUUUCCAUCAAUUGAAAAUCCGAGUAUGUUUUCGAGCAGCGCUCAGAGACUACGAUCGCGCAAUUCGUAGGGUAAAUGAAAUUAAUUUAAAAAGUUCUUCGGUCAGUUCGGAAUUUGUUUCUAGAACGAAGGGAGAGCGCUUUCCGUGGUCCCAGAUACGCCAAGCAAACGAAACAUGCGAUGACGAUGAGUUUGUCAAACGGGUUUACACCAAAAAACGUAUUACUUUCUUUUUUACUGUUUACCAAUUCAUUUCUAAUGUAUAAAUGAAUCUGCGCCUUGAAACGAGGAUUCCAGUAUUACGAACGCACACCUUAUAAGGUUAUUUUUAAAAGCAAAGCCUUAUGUGAACAGUAACUAAGCAAUGACAUCGAUUCAAAACAACGACGAACUGUAGGAAUAUUAAGAUGGAAUCUGCCAGCAGCUUAAAAGGCAGUACAACCUCCCAAAUCAGCUCCCUUCAAUAUAGCAGCGACAUUAACGCCUAUAGCAUCGAGCCCGAUCAAUCGGAGGACUGUCAAACAGUCCUCGGCCUCAAGUACUUGCCAUCUUGGCCAGCGGUAAAUUUGAAGUUUUCGGAACUGUCUUAUAAGGUGCCCGACCAAACCAAUGCUUCAAAAACAAAGACGAUUUUGCGGAGAGUCAAUGGAAUGUUUCACUCUCACGAACUUACUGCGAUUAUAGGGCCUUCAGGCGCUGGUAAAACCACACUACUAAACCUACUGGCCGGCUUUGGGGCCGAGUGCAACUCCGGUGAGAUUUUGGUCAACAACAGUCCGCGCGAUAUGCGAGUCUUUCGCAAAAUGUCUCGAUAUAUAAUGCAGACUGAUGUCCUGGACUCACAGUUUACAGUACUGGAAAUGAUGCUCUUAGCGGCAAACCUGAAGUUGGGAAAAGAACUAAAUUUAAAGCAAAAGCUAGAAGUGAUUGACGAAAUUUUGGGAAUGUUGCGCCUAAAAGAAUCCCUGAACACCAUGGCUCAAAAGCUAUCUGGGGGUGAGCGAAAGCGUUUAUGCAUUGCCCUUGAGCUGGUCAACAACCCGCCUGUCAUCUUUCUAGAUGAACCUACAACUGGUCUUGACGAUUUAUCGAGCUCACAAUGCAUUGCCCUACUUAAAAUUUUGGCCGCGGGGGGACGCACUGUGAUCUGCUCCAUCCACACGCCAUCUGCCAAGAUCUUCGAGAUGCUCGAUGCAGUCUACGUCCUAGCUGAGGGGCAGUGCGUCUACCAAGGAAAGGGGUCCAACAUUGUACCUUACAUGAAGAACUUUGGGCUUUGUUGUCCAAUAACCUACAACCCGGCUGACUUUAUUAUCGAAGUGGCUUCCCUUGAGUAUGGCGGGUCCUAUCACGAGCCAAUGGUAGAAGCCGUUGGCAACGGCAAAGUUGCGCGAUGGACUCCUUCACCAGAGGAAGGAAAAAUAACACCCACCAAAAGCGACACCACGUCGGGGGCAUCGUCGUUUUACGAAAGGGAUCAGUUUGAGGAGGAGAUUAGCCCAAAACUUUUGCAGGCCAAGUGUAGCUGGUGGCUGCAGUACAAGCUCUUGCUUAUGCGUAUGCUAAUCCAUAUGUGGAGGGAUAAGUCAUACAUCAAGCUAAAGUUCUACAUGAACAUCAUUCUUGCUUUACUGGUGGGGUCGCUCUACUUUGGUAUGGGAACCUCGGCCUCUAAAGCGCUAUUCAAUUUCGGUUUCAUGUUCACUAUUGUGAUAGCAUACCUCUACCUUCCUAUGAUGCCUGUACUUCUAUAUUUUCCCACGGAAAUCAAUCUGUUAAAAAGGGAGUACAACAACCAGUGGUACCGUCUGAGCUCCUACUAUGCAGCAAUGGUUUCCUCAAAGCUACCAUCUAUGUUUAUUUUGGCCGUUAUUUAUCUGUCCAUUGUGUACUUAAUGUCCAGUCAACCACUUGAAUGGUUCCGCUUUGCCAUGCUAUUUACAAUAGCUUUCGUAACGGCCUUAACCUCCGACAGUUUCGGCUUGUUGAUCUCCAGUAGACUAAGCUUAGUGAAUGCAAUGUUCAUGGGGCCAGUACUCGCCGUGCCUCUGAUCCUGCUUUCCAUUUACGGCAUAGGGUAUGGCGGAGGAACAUACAUAUCCCCGCUUAUGAGGUUUCUGAUGCAUCUUAGCUACCUUCGUCAUAGUAUGGAAGGCCUAGUCGCAUCCUUGUACGACUACGGACGCGCCGACACAAUUUGCGAAGAGACGGAAAUCUUUUGCUCAUUCAAAAAGUCCAAAGUGUUAUUGGCCUUCUUAGGAUUCGAUAACAUGCACUAUUUGUGGUCUCUAUCUUGCUUGAUGAGCUUUUAUUUGCUGUUCACUGUAGCAGCGUAUUUUAUGAUAAGACUACGACUGAAGCAAUCGGCGGCCAAUCCCAUUUUUGCAUAUGUCUUACAGCUGUUAACUAAAUAUUUUAACUUUACUUCGUACAAUUACUAAAAACAAUAACCGUUUAACCUCGGUGCUGGAUAAAUUAUUUUGAGCGGGAUUUCAGUGGCCAGUCUACACCUUCAGACACUCCAUAUUAUUUUUCGGUUAGUGUAAUAUUAAUAAACUAUCAAAGUGAUAUCGGAUUAUGAUUAAAAGAUUAUGUUCAAGAAUACAAAAAUAUUUAAGAGAACAAUAAAUUAUUAUCAAUGCAUUAUAAGCAAGGCAAAAAAAUUCGAAAAAAGUUUGAGUAUGCAUAGGAUUAAGUAUGCAUAUUAUCCAAAAGAUAUUUUGGACGGUUUGUGGACGGUCUCACCAUUCUAGCUUU